ACAAUCUUUUUAAAUACAACUUGAAAAUGAUUCUUAACAGAAUUUUUUAACAUGACGUGUGUUAAAUGUUAUGUAUUUUGUAUUAUAUUUGAAGCAUGAUUGUGUUGGGUACUAAAUGGGAGUGUCUUAAAGGGAUUCAAAUUUUGACUCAGCAUGUUGCUGGAAGAUCAGCCCCUUCCCCCUGGGUAUAUUUUUUUUAAUACACAUUUUUUUCCUGAAAUUUGUAUUCUGAGUUCUGGCUUCUGACCCAGUUAUAACGAGAUGAAAGAAAUCUUUGGGUUGUCCAAAUUUAAACCCAAGAAGCCUCAACGAUUUAAAUCGCAGGCUGUUUUGUCAACGGAGGCCCAUUAUCAUCUUGCUGUCCUGUCUUUUAUUAUUCUUCCUCCAACGGUAAGAUCAAUCAAGCAGAAGGCAGAGAGAUCAGAGAUGGAAGAAGCAGAGAUACUAGAAAUAUACGAGCUCGGCUAUGCGGACCUCGUUCUCUUGUCUUCAAGCAAUGCUUCAUCGACUUCACCUGAGGAGCGUGACAAAGUCGAGUCAAUGGCGAAAACCAUAAUGGAAACCCUAGGGCCAAUGGGUCCAGGCCUCCUAGCAGUCACUGGUGUUCCCGGAGCGUCCAAACUACGUAAGGAGUUUCUACCACUUGCACGGGAGCUCGCGCUUCUUGACCAUGAAAGCCGUAAACGCAUUCUUAAGGAGCACAGCUUGGGCAGUGAUGUUCCUUUAAAAAAUCCAGAUAGGAGCGUGUCCUCUUUUGCUAUGCAACUGAAAUAUGCAAAAGAUACAGUAGUGACUGAAAGUAAACCAAGUAGAGGAGCAGAUUACGAAUUACAUUCUGAAGAGAAUCAUUAUGAGGAUGAUCAGAUCAUGACAGAAUGUCACGAUAUGAAAUUUAAGAAUUUAGGGAGUAUUUUCAAAGAGUUGGGAUUUUGCAUGAUUGAGCUGGGGCUUCGCCUUGCUCAAAUAUGUGACAGGGCCAUUGGGGGCUAUGAGUUAGAGAAGAGCCUCUUAGAAUCAUGUGCAGCUAAGGGGCGUCUUAUACACUAUCAUUCAGUUCUAGAUGGACUCCUUCUUAAAGAACUUGAGAGGCGCAAGAGAACUGGCAAGAGGGAGGGUAAUAUCAAAAGGGAUCAGGAGUACACAUAUACGAAAAAGGGCCAGAGACAAUUAAAAGGAUUAAAGUUAAAUUCAAGUGUCUGUGAUGCUAAUUCAUGUGGGAUUCAUUCUAAUCUGUGGCAGCAAUGGCAUUAUGAUUAUGGUAUAUUCACUGUUCUGACAGCUCCCUUCUUUCUUAUGCCAUCUUGUUCGCUGACAACCAAAACAGAAGAGCCAUAUUCUGCAUCUUGUAAUGAAGAAUUUCCUUCGCCAACGGGGCAUACGUCUUUGCAGAUAUAUGAUCCAAAUAAGAAUAGAGUGUUUAUGGUAAAGGCUCCACCAGAGAGUUUUAUUAUUCAAGUUGGGGAAUCCGCUGAUAUCAUUUCAAAAGGAAAGCUUCGCUCAACCUUGCACUCCGUAUAUAGACCUUCAAAAUCCGAAAAUUUAAGCAGAGAAAUGUUUGUUGUAUUUCUGCAGCCCGCAUGGAAUAAAACAUUCUCUACCUCGGACUAUCCUCAGACAAACACGAUGUCUAAUGCUCGAUGUUUGUUGGCAUCUGAUGAUGAACCACAGUUUGGGCAGGAAAAAAGUACACUGUGUGACGAAAUUCAGAGAACAGUUCCACCACUUUCUUCAAGGUUGCAGGAUGGGAUGACUUUUGCUGAGUUCUCGCGAGAAACAACAAAGCAAUAUUAUGGGGGCAGCGGAUUGCAAUCUCACAGAUAACUAUAUUCUGAUAAUCCUCCUUUUGUAACUUCAAUGUGUACCUUGUCAAUCAAUUGAUUCGCUCUAAUUCACCCAACCUAUAGUGUAUUUCAA